CUUACCGGGGAGAGAGUGUCGGGAGAGCCGUGAAGACACGCGGGGGAAAAAAUCAGUCCGUCCCGGAGAAGAUUCAGUUCACAUCGUUCACUUCAGCAGAACAGAAACAAAACAUCAACAUCCGCCGCAGUAACCGGACGACACCGGAAGGGGGGCAGACGUGCUGACGUCUUAGCACGUUUUUACACAGGCGAUUAUUUGAUAUCAGGCACAACUCAUCGUAGUUAUUUUUCUUAAACACAAAAUAGCAAAAUAUAUAGUCUCUAUUUUUUUUAAUAAAAAAACAACUGAUAAUUGAAACAAAACAAAAAUCAAUAUCCGCACAGGGAAAAUAGAAAAGUCAAAUAGACGUGUCAUUUGUGUCAUAUGCAAUGUGCCCUGUCUUAUUUUAAUCUGUUGAUUGUUAUCCUUCUUCAUUCUAUAUGAUAUUGUACAUUUAUACAUAUUUCUACUUUAAAAAUAAGAACACAUUUAAAGUUAGUUUAUGUGUUUAGGUAUCAUCAACCAGUGGACGGAGUAUGACAAUAAGUAUUUAUUAUACAUAGUAUUUAUGUACUGAACUAUAACCUGUGUCAAUGUGGAUUAAGCUUUUACUACUGAAAAGUUAAUUGUCAGUUAUCUAAUCAGUGCAUUAUACAAAGUACAUUUUAAAUAUCUCAAAUUGCACUCAUACUUAAGUUUAGUCCUUGAUUACUUCCCAUUACUGUUGCUACUAUACAAUAUAUCAUAUUAUGUUUUCACUAUUUGCUAACAACAAUUAUAACAACCCUGGCGCAACCAGUCUACUAAUACUGCUACUACUACACCACUGAUAAUAAUAAACCGGAAAUAAGUAAAUACUACUUCAAAAUAAGGUAAGAACCACGACAAGCAGUAAUAUGCAGCCUUCCCCUUGCCCCAGCAGGCUUUAGAGAGCUGGGAUUUUACAGUUUUGACUCACUUGCAACUCAUAUGUGUGAACUCUUUAACUAAUCCACGCAGUCACAAGUAACAUUUAAUCAAGAAUCUGCCAUCAUUCUGUUAAAUGUACUUUAUUUUGAAUGGUUUGACCGGACAUACAGUCGAACCAGCCUUAGUCUAGUUUGCUUCGUUUACUUCUCUACAGUCGUGUUCAUGCUGCCAUCAGUAAAAUGAUUUCUCUGUGAUUGUAGAAGUUGUAUUGAUCCAGAUGCAUCAGUUCGAGAAGUAAACAGCGGACACCACGUGGAUGAGACAGUACUUCCUGUUUCAGAAGGAGCGUGGAGACGAUUGAAGCGCUGCUGGUUCGGUGAUUUCCUGGUUAUCGCUGGAAUCAGCUCAAUUAGCUGUGAAUGACUGUAGUUAAAUAGUUCAGUGGCAGCUAUGGAUUACUUUAAAAUCAUAUCAGAGGUUGUAAAAGACAUGGUUCCUGUUCUCACCGGUGGUGUUUUCACUCUGGCCCUGCUAUCAUGUGCUUUAUUCUGUAUUGAAACGUACUUCAGCUUAACUCAGGGGUUCCUCAGUGUCGGUGCCGCUGUCUUCCAAAGUGGACACAUCCACAGACUCUUCAUGUUCCCCGUCUAUCAUAGAAGUUUAGCUCAGCUGCUCCUGAACAUCACAGCCCUGGUGUUCCUCUGUGGCAGCCUGGAGAAAGGUGUGGGCACCGUCCGCUUCCUGUCUGUCUUCCUGCUGCUGUCCACCACCACCGGCCUGUGUUACAGCUUCCUGGAUCUGCUGCUGCAGGUCGACAGCAGCCAGACUCACACCCACACCGAGGGCCUGGUCCCUGUGGCCCUGGCCUGUGUGGCUCUCACCACCAUGCACACGAAGGUGAGCAAAGGGUUCCUGUGUGGAGUCAGUUUCCCCGCCAUGGUUCUCCCCUGGGUGUUCCUCCUCCUCGCCAGCGCCCUCUUUCCUCACUGUGUGCUCCCCUGUAAUGUCAUCGCCAUCCUGGUCGGGUGGAUGUACGGGAAAGGAUGGUUCUCUCUUCUGGAAGUGUCAGAGGCCAGGGCAGGUGUUGUGGAGAAGCUGAUGCCAUUCAGGCUGCUGAGGAGCAUCUGCGGUGCCCUGUUUGUCCCUGCCUCCGCAGAAGAAAGGAGGAGGACCCUGCUUCCACAGAUCAAUCCAACACCAGGCUCCUACCCGGUCCAGGCUUACGCUCCAAUAUCAAGUGUUAACUCUGCUGCUACUGUGUCGUACGAAGGCUGGCCCAACUCAAAGAGCGCUCUGUCUGGUCCCACUCCUCCUCUUCAUUCUCAUGGACAUGGACCGACACAGAACUUAGGACUCAAUCACGGCCACAGCUGCAACCACAGCCACCACGCUCAUAGCCAUGGUCAUGUUUAGUCUUACACCCCACAUAUGCUUAGAAGCCAUAUCUUGUACUGCUUUAUUCUCCAGAACCACAAUAAGUGAUAGUGCAUCUGCUGCAUCUCUCGUCCCUGAGCUGUGUGGACUACAAAGUAAAAGAAAAAGGCAACUGACAAGAUUAUCGACCUUCUUGAAUGAUUAAAUGACAUUGAAUGUUUUAAUGUGUCAGGUGACAUUUGUGCAUACUUUUAAAUUUUGACAGUCUUUUGUAUUAUUUGUUUCUUAUUUCUGCAAAUAAAUACGUGCGUGUUACGCCAUGACCAAUUAA